AUGGAAGGUGAAGAGGGAGCUCGCACAUGCAAUGGCAGGAGCUGGGAAGAAUACAUGUACUGGACCCAUUUCCAGUUCACCCAUUUCUGCCGCUUCCUCCAUUCCGACUUCCACCACAGCCUCGCAAUCCCGACGAAAUUUUCAACCCACAUGAGCUCCAGACUGCCGGGAACUGUGGCGCUCAGGGGUCCGAGCGGUAUCGACUGGACGGUGGGCGUGGCGAUGAGCGACGACGGGACUCUGUUCUUCAAUGGGGGGUGGAAGGAGUUCGCUCAGGACCACGGUUUACAAGCGGGCGAUCUCUUGAUCUUCAGGUUCAAUGGGCACUCUCAGUUCGACGUGCUGGUGCUGGAAUCGGAGAGCUCGUGCGAGAAGACGCGAUCCUAUUUCCUGUCGAUGAAACAGGGGCCUCCGAUGGAGGAGAAGAAAGCUUGGGGAAGUGCAGCUGCGGCGACGCCUUCCGGCGCCGGCUCUGAAGAAUUCAUCCCGUCACCGGAGCAGCACGAUGGUAACGUUGCUGGCGUUGAUGAUGGUACAGGGGGGUCUCUUCCGCCGAUUGAGAUUGACGUUGAUACUCUGCCUCCACAUCCGCCACCGCCUCCACCGCCGCCGCUGCUGCCCUCUUGCCCACCGUUCAUUACCAAGUUGUCGAACAAACAGGCCAAGAAAGUACUAACAAAGAAGGUUGUCAGUCUCAACAGCCACAGAGGGGCGUCCACUCCGACCCCGCCGCCGACGGAAUCGAAACUAGGGGCUCUCAGAUUAGCGAAGCUAGCUGUGAGCAAAGAUGGGUUUCUCACAGUGAUGAAAACCACCCACGUUGAGCGGACCUUCUACCUGGCAAUCCCAUACUCGUGGAUGAAGAAACACAUGGACGAGAGGGAGAGGCAGGAUAUGAUUCUGACGCUGGGAGAAAAAGAAUGGCCGGUGAAAUUCAAGCUCAGAGUGAACAAGAAUGCCGGAGGGCUGACCAACGGAUGGAAGAAAUUUGCUAGAGACAACAAUUUGCAACCGUAUGAUGUCUGUGUGUUUGAUAUUGGCGGCGAGCGGCGCGGUGGCCCUGAUCCUGAGAGCUCAAUCAUGGUUCUCAAAGUUCAGAUCUUUCGCUGACGUUGAAGUGGGUCGGUACUCUGUAUAUACG